AUGCCUGACUGGAAAUCAGCCGCUGAAAUCCAGAAAGAUGCAGUGGCCUUUGGCAAACUUGUGCAUGCUCUGUUGGGAUUAUACACAUAUGAAUGGUUUCUGACGCUUGAUUUUGACCUGGAUUUUCUGCGGGGGAAGAGAAGGUUCCGGUGGCCAAUGAUUUUUUAUUUCGCCAACAGAUAUCUUCUUCUUUUCGCGUUGAUAGGCAUCGUGAUUUCUUUGGACGUCACUUCGGAAGUUCAGUGUCAAGUACUCUAUACUUUCAACCAGAUCGCAGGAAACGCCGCUAUGGGGCUAGCGAGUAUCAAUCUUUCUAUCCGAACCAUGGCGAUCUGGUCACAAAAUAAAUAUAUUGUUGGCUUCCUCGUUCUUAUGACCUUUGGACAUUGGUCGUUGAUUCUUCAAGGAGUCCAACUUCGAGCAACCUGGGUUGAUAGUGUUGGAUGCGUUAUCACCCAGACUAACAACACCGUCCUCGCAGCGACCUUCAUUUAUUCGAUGUGCUUCGAUUUCAUAGUUCUCCUCCUGAGCACCUACAAACUCAUUGGCGUGAACUGCAAGACAGUAAAUUUUGUCGGUCAAAGUCGCCUUGUCCAAAUGUUAUUCGAAGAUGGCUUGAUCUUCUUUAUGAUUGCGUCAGUCAAAAUCGCAGCGUACAUAUGGAAAACACUCAUAUUUCUCCUUAGCUUCCUUGUUAACCUAUGCGCGACAACAUUAAUUUUGAAAAAUCUCAACCAGGUCAUGACGAUUAUUUUUAAUGUGCCGGCAGUUGUCGCCGCCUCCAUUGUCGCGUGCCGCGCAGUUCGUCGUUUAACAAACUUCGGCCUCACAGGCGGACUCGAAGUUUAUGGAUCCUCUAGCGCCGUCAGUGGUGCGGCUGGAACAAGAAGUAUCCAGCCCGCUAUCGACCAUCGUAGAAGUGGUCUGUAG